UCACGCGAAUUACACACGAGAAAAAUAUAUUUCGAAAGCAUUGAGGUAGAUAUUUACAAAGCAACCGCGCAUAAUACAGUAACAAUUAAUUAGAGUAAAAAGAAAUAGAACGCAGCGGUGGAACUAGUACACAACUACUCCUUUUUUAACGCCUUUUUAAACAAGCAUAAUAAUACAAAUAAUAAUCAACAACAACAAACAAAUUACAAAGUAAUGCAAAAGUAGCGAUAAAACCGUUUUAAUAAAACACAAACUAAUGCAAAAGCAACAAAACAAACUUAGAAUAACAAAUUGCAGCGUGUAAGCAGCAGUGGCGACGACAAAAGGAGCACAGACAAUUUCAAAUUGAACUUAGUUGUUAUUUUCCAAUUUCGUUUUUGUUAAGUAAAACAUAUAAAAAAAAAUUUAAAAAUCUACUAAUAGACACAAUAAAUUAUCAUUAAUGUUUAAUAAUUGUUAAUUAAAUAAUAAUCUAUGGAAACCAAACGCGUUUAACUAAAGUGAAACUUAAUAAGAGGACGCAGCAGAUCGGUUCUUCAAAACGCACUUAAAGCAGCAGCAUGUGGCGUCAAGCGAAGCAUUGAAGUGGAAGAAUUCGCAGGAUCCAGUCAGUUGCGCCAGCAGGUCAGUGUUUCGAGAUUUGUGCCGUUUUGUGUAUACUUUCUUCAACUGUGUGUCUUUAAUUUUAAUAUAAAAAAGAAAACGAAAACAAUUUUUGUGAUUAAAGUGCAUUUCUCUAAGCGUAAUUUAACUGAAGAAAUAAGAAAUCAUUCAUUAUAACUAAGCAGUAAAUUUAAUAAACACACGACAACACCAAAAACACACGCGCAUACGCGACGCUCAAAAGAAAACAAAACAAAAAAGUACGUGAAAUUGUUCAUUUUCCCACUCACCACGUUCGCUGCAGUCCACUGCAGCGCCAACAACAUUAAAAUUGGCAACACUACAACAACACGCUAUCACAACCACACAACCACAGCAGCAGCCACGGGCACUGCAACAAGAGCAACAACAGCAGCAGCAGCGGCUGGGAGCGACAGCAACCAUCAACACACGUGUACACAGCCAGUUAACGCCAGCAGCACCACAUCCACCACAAGCAUUAAGAAUCUCUUUGCGCUUGUUAGCACCGCCACCGCCGUCAGCGCGGCCGUCGACAUACCGCCCAGCCCAGUCACGGAGGCAGCCGUCGAAGCGACCACCGUCGAUCAGAAGACAAGCGGCUACUUGGACGCAGCGGCUGUUGCCCAACGCCGGCAACAGCGGCGCUACAGCGCCAGCGGCGAGCGUGCCAAAAGCGUUGCAACACUACAGCAGCAAAGAGCGUGUGCUACGCGUAAGCGUGUUGCACAGUUGCAGGUUCAAGGUGCGCCUGAAAGUGAAGUCGAAGACGAAGUGGAAGCAGAAAUCGGGCGCAAGAGUAGCGACCUUGUCAACGCGUGCGCCAAUAGUGACAUUGACGACGACAGCGAGACUGAAAUUGAGCCAGUCGAAGCAGCGCCCGCAGACGCGGCAGUGGUGCAGGAAUUGACGCUGGCUGGGGCAGAGCGUGUGCGCGACGACGCGUUCGGCGAUUUCGAGGCACAAUUCGAAUUGGACGCCGAGCUGGAACGCCACGCCAACGAUUUGAUCCACAUCGAUCAAGUCUUCGAGGAGCUGCGCCAGAAAAUGGAAGUGCUCUCAGUACAAAAUCAAUAUCAGGGACAAUUCGGUGUCAUCGGUUCAAGCAAAGUUAAAGACUGGGCGAGUCCGCUAACGCCACCACCACCAACAACACAGUUGCCAACAGGCAACAAUACAACCAGCGACAACGUUGUGCACAAUCAACGCAACAACAGCAACAACCGAAGCUUAAGCUAUAAACAACAAGCGAGCACAGAAGAGGACGAAGCGGAGCAGCCAGCGCUGCUGCUGUAUGCUGAGGACGCCGUAGAGAGCGGUGACAUUGUGGAUGGCGUCAAUUGGUCAGCGCCACAGAAGCAAGCACACCACAAUCAAACAAAUCAUCACGAGCAGCGACACCAACACUUCUAUUAUAACAAUCACCAUUACGGUGGCGCUCAACACAACAACCAACAAUAUCAUCAACAUCACCACCAACACCACUACAAUCACUUGGAACAACACGACAACAAUUACCACCAUUAUCAAAAGGAACAGCAACAACAAAAACACUAUAGUGAACAACAAAAACGCGCAACACAAGAGAAGCAAAAGCAAAAAACAGCGCCAACCAACAAUAGCAAGCAAACGGCUAUGGAGGCCACUUACAACAACAAUCUGUUCUACUAUGAACCACCAGUAGCGGCCGGCAUCACACCGACAGGCUCACCAACAUCGGGCAGUUGUUUCGGCAGCGCCACUACCGAUGUGGACAUAGCCGCGGUCAAUGAGCUGGCGCAGCGCGUGCAGACGGAGCUGCGUGACGCGAAGAAGCGCCACUUGGACUGCACCGAAGUUUCGCUGCCAUAUGAUCUCAUGCCGCGCAUUGCGGCCGAAAUAAUUAAGGCUUCGGAGCGGGAACCGUGUGGCGUGCGCGGCUGUUCGCUAUACAUCGAUUUUGAAUGCGAACCGAGCAAUGUGAGACGCAUUGCCUCGUUCAAAGUGGACGACUGCACUGUCUCCACCUUCGAGCUGUAUCUUACGCUGAAACAAGACAAGAGCGGCUGGACUUCGCUGUUACCGCAGUUCAUCAAAAAUCUAACACGCAGCAAUACCAUUUUGAUAAGCCCCGAUUUCACAUUGACCAAGAACAAGCUCUACUCCUGCGAUUAGUGCGCGUAAGCGGGCUUGUUGCAGCUUGUUCCAGUUGCGGUUGCUUGCGCGAGGAGAAUUCUUAUUUUUUAAUAUGUAUGCAUACAUUACCUAUCCAGAGAUCUCAUUUAUGCUCCUUCGCGCAAACACACGACAAAUUUACAACAAAAAGGUGGUGAAAAUACACAACAAAAUGGCAGGACUUGGAACGAAGGGCAUCAGAAAUUGGUCAAUUGCGUAUUAUUAGCAAAUUUAUGUGCUAUACAUACAUACAUACACACAUACAUAUAUGUUUUUUUUUGUUUUUUUUUUUGUAAUAAUUAAAUGGGCGUGGCUUUAACUACAACUAAAAAGAAGAAAACAUCAAACAAUUACUACAACAAAAGCAGGAACAACGCAUAACGAGAAUACUUUACUUUCUCAACAAUCCCUCCGAAUUUCAUUAUUUUAACUGAACACCACAAAACAAAGUAAGAAGAAGUCGAAAGAGGCAAUAACAAAAAGCAAAAUGGUAAAACGUUUACAUAACGGAAAGAAUGAGGAGUUAGCAGUGAUUGAGAAAGUGAGCAAGCAAAGCGCGUAGUUUGCUAAAGUUUUCACAACAAAUCCCAAAAGAUGUAAUAAACUUGGAACACACACGAUUUUCUUUAUGCUACAACAACAAAUACAUAGAGCAACAAUUACGCAGUAAAAACAACAAUAACAACGGUUACAAACAAAACUACAAUAAAAUGCAAUAAAUGCAAAUGAAAAUGUACCGAAAAGAAUUACAAUAAUAGCAGCAACAACAUUUCAAAGCAGCGUUAAACAAUAGAAAUAUCAGCAGCAGCAACAACACACUGCAUAUGCAGUUAACAGAAGCUUAAUUUGGACUGAAAACUUAAAAAGCAAAGCAAAUCGAAGCAGUGGCAGGCGGUGCGGCUAACGCAGCAAAAGCAUUAUUUGGAGUUGCAAUGCAGACAAAUUACAUAUAUUCGUGUUCGUAGCAUUAGUGCAGGCCUACAUACACACA